CGCCGGUGGCCGCCCUGCAGGUGCCCCCAGCGCCGGUGGCCGCCCUGCAGGUGCCCCCAGUGACCCCCCACUCUCCCCGCAGCGCCGGUGGCCGCCCUGCAGGUGACCGUGCCGUCGCCGCGCACGGUGGCCCUGCUCUUCCAGCCGGUGCUGCUGCGCUGCCAAUUCCACCUGGGCGCGGCGGGGCCGCCGCCCAUCGUCACCUGGAAGUACAAAUCCUUCUGCCCCUCCCCCCCCGCCGGCGGCGGGGGACACCUGGGGCACACCCGGCGACACCUGGGACACGCCCGAGGAGGCGGCCGGCGCCUGCCCCGACUCGGCUCGCACCGUGCGCAUCGUGGCCACCAAGCAGGGCGGACGUCGUGACCCUCGGGGACUUCUACAGGGGACGGGCCGUGACCAUCCAGGGAGGUGCGGAGCUGAGCCUGGGCCCCGCGGCCUGGGGCGACAGCGGCCUCUACGUGUGCACCGUCACCUCCACCAGCGACCUGCAGGGCAACAACGAGGCCGUGGCCGAACUGGUCGUACUGGGGUCUCUGCCCGAGGGCUCCCGGCUGCUGCCCGAGGGGACCCUGCCAGUGUACCUGGCCGGGGAAAGCGGCGACCUCGGGGGGGCACCUUCGGCCCCUCCCCCCCCCCCCGCGCUGGCGCUGCAGCUCCUCGGGAGCAGCCAGAGCUCGCAGGUGCCCGCUGCUGAGGGAGAGCAACAGCCCCGCCCCCUCGCUGCCCCUCCCCCCCCCCAGCGUCCUGCGGUGCCUGGAGGAGCCCCGGGACCCCCCCGGGAGAGGGCCGGGCCUGGGGGGCAGAACGACGCCUUGAGCCGCGAGAGCCUCGUGGUGUGACCGCGACCCCUCCCCUACCCCCCAAAAAUCCCAAUUCCGGCUUUUUCCCAAAAUUCCAGAACUCCCCAAAUUUUGGGAUCCCCCCCCCGACCCCCGCCCCUUUCGAUUUUUGGGGUCAAUCCGGGCUUUUUUGGGUGCCUUAUUUUUUUACGAAUUGGGGAGGGGGGUCGCUCCCCCCUCCCCCCCCCCCCUUCGAGAUUUGGGGCCAAAUAAAAGAUUUUCGAGAAAA